AUGAGAGAGUGCGUCGGUUCAGCGUUCUUCUCAAUUUUAAUUAACGGCUCCCCUAAAGGGUUCUUCAAAAGUUCUAGGGGGCUUCGGCAGGGAGACCCGCUCUUCCCUUUUCUCUUUCUUGCUGUGGGCGAUGCCCUCUCUAGGAUGCUCAGUAAAGGGCAAAUGGAAAGGAUUAUCAGUAGCUUCAAGAUAAAAGGAAUGGAAUCCCCCAUUUCUCACAUUCAGUUUGCAGACAAUACCCUCUUCUUCUGUGAGGCAGAUCUGGUAAAUGUUAGCAAUCUUCACACUAUUGUCUGGUGUUUUGAAGCGGUCUCAGGCCUAAAAGUGAACAUGAAGAAAUCGAAGAUGUUCGGUGUUAAUAUCGGUGAGGAAGAAGUAGAGAAUUUCACUGAAUUCUUUGGCUGUUCUAAGGGUAGUCUUCCAACCAUGUUUGUGGGGUUGUCCUUAUGCGUGGGUAAGCCUCCGAAGGUUCUCUGGGAUAAAGUCAUAGAUUGUUUUGAAACCUACUUAGCCAGAUGGAAAUGUAGAUACCUAUCCCUGGGGGGUCGCUUGAGCCUUAUCAAAGCAGCACUCUCUAAUCUCCCUGUAUACUUCAUGUCUCUCUUUAAAUGUCCGUCCUCCAUUCUGGCGACUUUGGAAAGAUUAAGAAGAGAAUUCCUUUGGCAUGAGAAGGAGGAAAAGAAGAAGUUUCAUCUGGUCAAUUGGAAAGAGGUUUGCCAGCAGACCCAAGAGGGGGGCACAGGUAUUAGAGACCUCAGUCUGACGAAUAGAGCCCUGCUUUUGUGGAAUCCUUGCUGCCGUCGGAAUCUCCACGACUGGGAAUCGGAAGAACUGAUCUCUCUUCUCGACCGCAUCAGUAACAUCAAUCUAGAUAAAUCUUGUGCUGAUUCUAUUGUCCGGAAAGAUGCAUCCAAAGCAGCGACCAUGCUCCAUAAAAUUUGGAAAUACAAAGUUCCCCCAAAGAUCGCGGUGUUUGGAUGUCUGGUGGGCAAGAGGAAAGUUCUAACUGUCGAUAACCUCAGAAAAAGAGGAAUGAUCAUUACCAACAUCUGCCUAUGCUGUAUGUCCCACGAAGAAACGGUUGAUCAUCUGUUUAUUCACUGCUCUUUCUUCCACAAGGUGAAGAAGGAAUCAGGAAGUUACAAUGGAGGGAAAAAGAAAAGGAUCUUGAAUCUUCUUCGGGCGAAUGGUAGUAGGGAAAAGGAAAGGGUGAUUCUCGUCAAACCUAUAUCCAGGAGAAGGAAGACAUGGAUGGAUGGGUUGAAGUGA